ACAUCGAUCAGACAUGCAUCCAUCCAUCCACACUCACACAGUCGCUGUAGUAGCUAGCAAGCCCCUAGGUGCUUGCUUGACCUACUGCUCUGCCCGUGACCAAUGGCGUCCUCCAAGGCGUCGGCUUCCUGCGGCCUUUUCCUCGCCCUUAACCUCCUCUUGUUUUCAGUGACCAGCGCCUGCCCUUCCUGCGGUGGCGGUGGCGGCAGCGGUGGUGGCGGCGGCGGCCAUGGAGGCGGCGGCGGCCAUGGAGGCGGCGGAGGAUACGGAGGCGGCAGCGGCGGCGGGUACGGAGGCGGCAGCGGCAGCAGUGGGGGCAGUACCGGCGGUGGUAUCAUUGGCGGCGGCCCUGGCGGGAUCAUAGGCGGCGGACCUGGCGGGAUCAUUGGCGGCGGUGGAAGUGGUACAGGCGGAGGGAGCGGGAGCGGCGGCGGCGGCGGAUAUGGAGGAGGAAGCGGCGGUGGGACGAGCGGGUGGUACGGCAAGUGCCCGACGGACGCGCUGAAGCUGCACGUGUGCGCGAACGUGCUGGACCUGAUCAAGGCCAAGGUCGGGGUGCCGCCGCUGAACGACCGGUGCUGCCCGCUGCUCCACGGCCUCGUCGACCUCGACGCCGCCCUCUGCCUCUGCACCGCCAUCAAGGCCGACGUGCUCGGCAUCAAGCUCAACCUCCCCGUCCACCUCAGCCUCAUCCUCAACUUCUGCGGCAAGGGCGUCCCAACCGGCUUCAUGUGCCCUUGAUUAACGCCAUCCGUUUGAUGCAAGGUCACGUCCGCGUCUACUACGUGCAUGCAUGCUAUCGAUCGGUGCAUGCGCGCGUGUGUUGAAUAAUCUUUGGUUUGUUUUCGAAGCAUUUGAGUUUUAACUUGUACUACUACUAGUUGAUUUUGGUCUCCCGUUUUUUGUGUUGUUACAGAUCUUGUUUACCUAUUUAAUUUCAAUUCGAAAAUAUGCAAGGUAGCAUCAAUGAAUUUGAUGGAGCGUGCUCUUCGUUUUUGCAUUUUUGUUACAGAUCUUGUUUACCUAUUUCAAUUCGAAAAUAUGCAAGGCAGCAUCAAAUGAA